AUGGAAAAAGAUCUUCCACCUUUGCCCGUUGUCCAAAGCGUGCAGUACGACGAGAACCAUGCCGAUACUACCCACCGCCCCAACCAGGUAAUCAUGUCGAGCAACGACGAGCACCAUGUCCGACCCCAAAGCCAGAGUCUUUCUGAAGGCCAGCAACGGUCACUCCAAGCAGACGAAGAAAAGGCGGAACUUGUUCCUCUGACGACUGACGGGCCAGACGGUGGUGUCCAAGGCUGGCUCCAAGUCCUCGUCGCCUUUCUGCUCGUGUUAGACGGCUUCGGUUUCAUCACAGCCUUUGGUGUUUUCCAGGCAUCAUAUGCCAAAAUCUUACCGAAUUCACCCUCGGACAUUUCUUGGAUUGGAUCGAUGCAGAUUUUCCUCCUUUUCCUGCUCGGAACGCUCAGCGGCAGACUCAUCGAUGCCGGUCACUUCAGAAUAACAUUGAUCACCGGCAUCGUCUUCCAAGUCGGCGGCAUCUUUGGGGCCUCAUUCUCCAGCAAAUACUGGCAUUUCCUGCUCUCACAAGGCAUUGCUACUGGCAUCGGCAACGGCAUGCACUUCACCGCGCUCGUCUGGCUGGUCUCGCAAUAUUUCACCAAGAGGCGGGGGCUCGCACUCGGGAUUAGUUCCUGCGGUGCCCCCAUCGGCGCCGUCAUUUUCACCAUCAUCGCUCGUGAGAUGAUCCCGAGGGCUGGAAUUCAGUGGACACUUCGCACCAUGGGAUUUCUAGUUCUCGCUGACAGUAUCGUCAUUUACCUCCUUGCGCGACCCAAGGCCGCAACGCGCAAGGGCGGUCCCCUGCUCGAGCUCUCAGCAUUCAAGGAACUGCCGUACCUCUUAUUCACUAUUGGCAUGUUCUUUGCCUUGUUGGGCGUCUACUUUGCAUACUAUUACGUCCCCCUUUUCAGUCGCAACAAGCUCAACCUUGAUGACAGCGGAGCUUUGACUGUCUUAAUCGUCAUGUCAGCCGUGGGCAUCAUUGGUCGACUUAUCCCUCCCUACCUAGCCGACAAGAGCAUCAAGCCUCUCAGAACGCUCGUCAUAUCACUACUCUUGAGUAGUCUCAACGUCUUUGCCUGGAUCGCCGUUAGCUCAAUGACCGGACUCUACGUCUGGGUCAUUGCGUACGCCUUCACGGCAAACGCUGUGCAGACACUGUUCACAGCAUCCAUGGGCGAGGUAACGUCUGACAUGUCCAAGCUCGGAGUCCGGAUUGGUAUGGUCUUCACCAUUGUCAGUUUUGCUUGCCUCGCUGGUCCUCCCAUUGGAGGAGGUCUUGUUGGGAUUAACCACGGCAAUUUCCUCUAUGCGCAAAUAUUUGCUGGCGCUUCUAUGUUGUUGGGUGGUCUGCUCGUUGCACUUGCGAAGAUCAAGCAGGUCGGACAGAAGGAUUUCUGGCGAAUCUAG